AUGACUCAACUCACGCCCAUUAGAGGUUUUACCAAUACGCCAGUGACCAAAUCUGUCAUUGUUAUAGGAACCGUUUUGGCCCUCGCUCUUCUGGCUCUUCAGUUGAAAUAUCUCGUGACGCUAGCCAUAGAUCCACUAAUAGUGCAAUACUCGCAAUAUUGGCGUGUGGCAACGUUUCAGUUAUCAGUAAUUAACGAGAGUGACUACUUGCUAAGUACGAUCCUAUGGUUCCACUUCAAAACAUUGGAAAGGUUCUUUGGGCCCCGAAAGUACUUCUCUUUGAUCACCGUGUUUGCCUUAUAUAAUGCGGUGCUCACCUUUUUGGUACUCUCUGUGGGCCAAUUGCUGCUCAAUGCUUUAUUAAGUGUUAUACCAAUGCUUAAGUCAUAUUCUCCUUAUAAAUUUGUCUACAGAGACACAUUUUUUAAUUCUGUGGUUCCCGGGCCUCUUGGAAUUCUCGCAUCAUUAUACAUGUGCCACGGCACUUACAUUCCAGUGUCUUAUCAUUUCAAAAUCCUAUUUCGAAGGGUUGAAGCCAGCGAUGAAACCGAAAAUUCCUCUGAUGAUACAAAUGCAAAUCGCGUCAACAAUAACCCUGGAAAGCUGCUUACGCUCAAUGAUCAUUUUCAGAUCCAUAUCCUUUUCACACUUCUCAUGCUCAACAACGGCAUUGCAUCUCUCAUUCCUUGCCUAAUAGGUCUUCUUGUUGGGCGCCUAUAUACCAGUGAGCUCUUGGCUGGAUCCAAGAACUUCCACCUCCCUAACUUGGUGUUCCGACUCUUUGUCAGUCCCCGCAAAAUCAACACCUCUGCAUUUGAUCUGUUGCGGCAAAGAAUCCGCGGAUUUCACCGCUUACCACAGUCGCCUCCUAGAGAAGCAGAGCCCACUCCUGAAAGAGAGAACGUUGCCGAGGAAACAAUUGACGACAUCAGGAAUCCAGAGGAGCCCGUCAACAGAUCUGAGACGCCAGUGAGGCCCUUAGGCAGGCAGUUUCUCGAAACUUUCAGGACUUAG